CUUCCAGUUUUAAGCCUCCGCUGGGGUUCCUUCCCAGGGGGAGGAGUUCUCCCUGCUUCCGAUGACAUGGUCUCCACAGCAACAUCCCUCCAGCAGCCGUGCUGCGCCCAGCCCAGCCCUGCCCUGCCGCCGCUGCAGGCCUGCGGGCGUUCAAAGCCGCCCCGAGGAGCUGCGAUGCCGGCAGACUCGAAUGAUUUGUUAGAGGAAAUAAAGAAUAAGCCCCCUAAGCACACUUUGGGCUAAAAAUGGACAACUCCUUUGUGGAAGAAGUGGCUGCAUCCCUGGUGAGAGAAUUUCUCAGUAGAAAGGGCUUGAAGAAAACUAUCACUACCAUGGACCAAGAACUUCCACGUUCUGCACUUAGCAUCAGUAACAGGAACGAACUUCGAAAUGUCCUACAUCUGCACUCCUUGUACAAACAAAACAAGGCAAAGGAGAACCCACUGAAAACACUUCUUGAAAUUAUUACUAAUUACUUCCUUGAGCACCGUGGGACUUCCAGAAGCAUCAGUUCAAGUUCUACUCUUUCAGCUCCUCAAAGUAAGAGUUUAACUUCUCACCCACUCGACUUCACAGAUGAAGAUCAUGUGCGUGGAAGUGCCAUUAUGCCUGAGGAGAGUGAAACUCAAGUCUACAGAUAUGAUGUUGAGAAUCCACUAGAUAAAAUCCUUCCAUUCAGAAAACAUCGGCACAAAAGUGAAAAAUGCCACACAGGAACAAUACACAACAGCCACUUACCCUCUGAUGGAGAAAAGAAGUUAAAAGAUAGUCGAGAAGAUUUAAAAGCAGCGACUAUUUCUGAGGAGCUGAAAGCCACAGUGAGGGAGAAGCCAAGGCCUGGGUCUGGUCUCUUUAUCAGAGGAAUGAUGGCUGGACCAGUAGCAAGUUCACCAGAGGAUUUGCAAAAACGGAGGCUUUCAAAACGAUGCACUAGUGUAAGCAGCACAGCACAGCUCAAGGGUGAAGAACAUGAAGAAAAUGACCUGAAUGUCUCAAGUACUGAUUUUCAGGAAAGCAAAGGGUCUUCAACACAAGUAAAUACAGAGUUUGCAUCAAAGACUAUGUCAAGCUCACACUCAAGUUCAGCCUCUGAAAAACAAAGAAACAUCACCAAAGAUACAGAUGACUCUUUUGCCAAACUGCUGUCUGAAAGGGAAAAGACCAAGACAGAAGAAAGAAAAUUAGUUCCAAGCUCUGGUAUAGACAGCAAUGAAAAAAGCUUUAAAGUGAGUGCCCCUCACAGACAUUCAGGGGCUGGAAGAGAGAAGAGAGAAAGGUCCCUCAAGAAAAAUGAGAGUCAGUUGUCAGGCCACAGGAAGUCUCCAACAUCCACUUGUUAUAAAGAAGACCAGAUGAAAGAUGUCCUAGAAUUAGUUGAUGUUGAGGAUGAAGAAACAACUGGUGAAGUUAGUAAGAAUGCAGAUCUUGCAACACUGUACAUGCUUCAAGUCGUAUCAAAGGCAAUUGAUAUUUCUCUUGCGAAAGAAUUAAAAAAUCUUUUGUUUGGCUCUAGUCUUUGUUGCUUCAGUGAAGAAUGGAAAAUACAGAGUUUCACAUUUAAUAACAUACCACAGUUAAAAUAUGGCAUUGUACAAAAAAAGGGUGGUCCGUGUGGAGUACUGGCUGCAGUUCAAGCUUGUGUCCUACAACAGCUUAUCUUUGCAGACAGUAACAGGAAUAAAGACACUCGUUGCCUUCAGCCUUCAGAAGUUCACAGGACCGAAUGCCUCACCAUGGCUAUUGCAGACAUAUUGUGGCGUGCAGGGGGCAAUGAAAAAGCAAUUGUGGCACUGCCAUCAGGAAGACAGCAGUUCACUCCCAUAGGAAAAUACAAGGCAGAUGGAAUCUUAGAAACUCUAAUACUACAUAGUGCCACAAGAUACGAAGAUCUGAUUAUAUUUCUUCAGCAGAAUAUUCACCAGUUUGAAAUUGGUCCCUGUGGGUGCAUUCUUCUGACCGUGUCUGUCAUCUUAUCAAGAUCUAUCAAUCUAGUGCGCAAUGAUUUUGAUGUGCUUACAAACAGGUUGAUUGGCAGCCAUGGCUAUUGUACUCAGGAAUUGGUGAACUUGCUUUUGACUGGCAAAGCUGUGUCCAAUGUUUUCAACAAUGUGAUAGAGCUGGACUCUGGAAAUGGCAAUAUUACAAUUUUGAAAGGUAUUACAAGCCGCAGUGAUAUUGGUUUGCUCUCUCUCUUCGAGCACUAUGAUGUUUGUCAGGUUGGUUGUUACUUGAAGACCCCUAAAUACCCAAUUUGGUUGGUAUGCAGUGAAAGCCACUUCAGUGUGCUUUUUUGUUUGGAAAAGGAUUUGCUAGGUGACUGGAAAACAGAGCGGAAAUUUGAUCUAUAUUAUUACGAUGGCUUGGCCAACCAGGAGGAAGAAAUACGGUUAACAGUUGACACAACUCAGAUGUGUGCUGAAGAUAAAGAAAAUGAUCUUACUCCUCCACUUGAGCACUGUAUUAGGACAAAGUGGGAAAGAGCUGUUAUUGACUGGAAUGGCACAGAACCAAUCUUGUGACUGACCUGACCUGCACUUUACUUGUAAAGAUAAAAAGGAAAUGACUGAAUUAGCACAUUCCUAUUCCCACCAAUACAGGAAAUAGGACUAAAGAUGUGUAGCUUACGAUGAGGAAGAAUGACAGAGUUUGCAGGCUGGAAGAGUUUCACUUCAAUCACCUCGUGCUUCAGUUAUUUUGCUUAUAAUGUAAACAACACUUACAUGAAUUCCUUGUCACUGCCUUUAACAUACAUCUUCUGAGAGGAGAUUGAGUUUCCACCACAAAAUCAAGGUUACAGAUGAAGCAGUGAAGUCAUCAACGUCCCCUUGAGGUCUCUUUCUGGAUCCACUCUGUAUCCUGCAAUUGUUUUAAAGCAUCUGAUGAAAGAUGCUGAACCCAGAUUUCUGUCACUGUACAUGCCUUCUCUGUACUACCUAGUUCUUCACCUACAAAACUCCAGUGCAAGUAUAAAAUAUCGUCAAAAAAAUACAUUUUCACUUUUUUUCCUGAUACUAGUAAAUCUCAGUUUGCACUGAACAGAUCAGUAACCAUACAAACCAUGGUAACAUACAAAGUUCUUGUUGUGUCAUAAAAUUUGCAGUAAAAAUUCUGGGUUUGUGUUACCAGAUUAAUAACUCUAGUAUGUUCCUUAUACUGGGUGCUGAUGUAGCUAAUUUUUCUUCUGGAUGAGAGAUAGCUCUAUCAGUAUCUUUACAUUCAUGCCAUUGUAACUACUUAUACACUAAGGUUUAUAUACACCAAAGUGAUAGAUAAGAUCUGUGGUCUGCUUCUUAAUGAUAGCAAGAAACCAGAAGAGUUGUUACGUUUGAAAUUUAAAUGGUGCCUAUCUGUGAUAGAUACUGUUCAUGAUUAAAUAAAGUGCAUGUACUUAAAUGAUGUACAGUGGAGAUGUAUCAUGAGGUACUGAAACAGCAGUUUGUAUUCUGAAAUUAAUUCUUUAAAUGACAUAUUUUGGCAACACUUUACCAACAUUGGAAGAAGUUACUGAACAGAAGAUUGGAAAAAUGCCUUAGGAAAAAGGCAGAUAAAUGGUGUUUCUAGAAUUAUUCCUCUCUCUUGAAAGUGAAUAUGUCAUGACAGUUUAAUAAAGAGCUUUUACUUUCUGGUAUUUAUCACAGAACCUUCUUCCCAGUCAAUAUGAAAACUUCUGUAAGUCCUGAUAGUCUAGUUGCUCUUUCCAAAAUCAAUUUCCAACAAAAAUUCAAUUUCCUGAUGUCCUGCUGUGUGUAGUGUGGAGAUACUGAACUGACUACACAAAUACAAAUUUGGGGAAUUAGCACUUGAGCUAGAUUUGGAAACUUAUCUGAGUAUAAGCCAUAACAGAGUACAACAGAGGUUUAGAUAGUCGUUGAAUGAACAUCUGUCUCCCCUUUUGCUUCCCAUUCACAUCAAAAUAUCUACAAGCAAUAAAGCAUUUCAGAUUUUCAGUUAAUUUUAUUUAAUUCAGUGUAAUGUAAUUUGUUUGGUUUAGAGCAGUUAAGCAAACUUCUUUAAACCUUGUGAGAUUAAGAUCUCCCAUUCAGCCUCUGAGGCAUAAGCAGCAUCAGAUCUGAGCUCAUUCCUGACUCUACUACAGGGUUGUUAUAUGGUUUUUGGCAAACCCUGUCAUCUGUAUAAAUAGGGAUAUGUUUGUACUGUCAGCUAUAGGCAGGCUCAAUACUGCCUUUAGGAUACACUCAUCAUCCAUAGUUCAAGCACUCCAUUUUCCCAGAAAAAGCUUACCUCACUUGAGCAUCAGUGUUUCUGGGAGUGGGAGAUCCGAAACGGUCAAAGAUCCCAGAUCCAAAGCCUUUGUUGCUCUGGAAAUUUCUAUGAACUAUAGUCCACACUUUGUUUCAUGAAACAAGUAUUGAUUGAUUUUCCCUCCUACCUCACAGGGCAUUUGUAGUGUAAAAUAAGAUUUUUUUGGAGAAUGCAUUUGGACAGAAAAUAAUGUAGAGUUGAAAAAUGGUUUAACA